UGCCCAACACAAAUGCCUGUGUACUCAUUAACAGCCGUAAGCUGCUGGCUGGCUGCAGAUUCUGCUUCUCUACCUGCUCUGUUGAUUUUAUUCCAUAGCGUCCUAAAAUGAGCUUGUUUAACAUAGGUAUUUCUGCCUCACCGCUGUGGUAUCUGCAGUUAUGUUCUGCGGUCUUGGCAUGGAUUCUUUAUCCGGAGCAGCUCUAGAGAUACCUUCAGGUACUGCCACUCCAUUUCAGCUUUAGGAUUAAUAAGCAGUUAGCAGUAUUUGGUUAUAGGAUGAAAAUAAAGUUUAAAGGUGGAAUUCCAGAUCACUCUGUUCUCUGCAGUACAGCUUGUUUUGCCCCUACAGUUGGCCUUGGAAGGCAGAAGCCAAGGAGACGAUUCUGGUUGGUUUUCGGAAUGCCUCCUUCCUGAUUCCUGGCACUGGAAUCAAAAUUCUAGAGAAGUGUGAAACAAGAAGAAAAAGAGCUUUUAGAGAGAUUAAAGGGAGAGAAGGGCAAGACCUGUGAAGACCCAGAAACCUGGGAGAUAACGGGUCUAUGGCCUCAUUCUUUGCCAUCCCUUGUAUCUCAGGGUUCAUCAUCCAGCAAAGAUACAGCUUAUCUAACAGCUGCUUCCAACCAGUGCUUUGGAGAGGAGCACAGCUUGGGUGGAUUUCUUCUGCAAUCACUUCCCGUCGGCUUCCUGGUUCAUCCAAUAAUGAAGAAUUGUGGCGUUUCUCUGCCUUCUUUCUUACUGCUGCUGGGCAAAUACCCCUGGAAAUCUCUUCAUUGAGGCAGCACCCACAACAAUGUGGAGAUCUUCACCAGUAAAAGGAGUGUGCAAGUCUGUGCUGGAGCCAGAGAAUUCCUCUGAAGGAACUGACUCCAAGUUCUUCAACUAAACUCUCAGCAAAGCUGAGAGCUGUCACACAGCAGCGGGACUCGCUGGUGCAGAAGUGAAGGACAUCGACUGGAGGAGUUGUGGCUGUGUGAGAGAAGCAGGGAUGGGAAGAAAAAAAUGAAGUGGGGCAGAAAAACCGAAGGCACAAGUCAGGACGAGAGUUGGGACACCUCCAGUGUGACAUUGGCAUUAGAGACAUCUGCUGCGACCGAGCGCGUCUUGAAGUUUAUUGGACGGGAAACGAGUUGAAGGAGCUUCGCGUGACCGUGGACUUGGAGGAACCCUGGGGACAGACCACAGCAUGUGAGCAGAACAGGAGCCUGGAGUGGGAUCCCGGCCUGCCCACGCCUGGACUUGACAUUCCUGGGGCCACAUCUUGCAAAAAGAGGAAGAGGAAAAGGCAGUUCAUCCACCGUUGCUAAAAUGGGAGGCAGCAUCUGUCCCGCAGACUGGGAAGGAAAGCUCCAGACCUUGCCUGUGGGGCAUCCCUGGGAGCGCCGCAGCGGGAGCACUGCAGCCCUCUGUCAGUAAGGGGUAUCGAGGCAGAAUGGCUCAGCGAGCGUGGCUCACCAUGCUCUUCCACAACCGCAAGACCCAGCUCCUGCUGGUCAACUCCCUGACGUUCGGCUUGGAGGUCUGCCUGGCUGCAGGGAUAACCUACGUGCCUCCCCUGCUGCUGGAAGUGGGUGUGGAGGAGAAGUUCAUGACCAUGGUUUUGGGGAUAGGACCUGUCCUUGGCUUGGUUUUUGUCCCACUGAUCGGAUCUGCCAGCGACCACUGGCACAGCAGCUAUGGCCGAAGGCGACCUUUCAUCUGGAUGCUUUGCCUGGGAGUCCUACUGAGCCUCUUCGUUAUCCCACACGCCAGCAGCCUGGCCGGCCUGUUUGCCCUCAACACUCGCCCGCUGGAGAUCGCCCUCCUCAUCCUGGGCAUCGGGUUACUGGAUUUCUGCGGCCAGGUCUGCUUCACGCCGCUGGAGGCCCUGCUCUCAGACCUCUUCCAGGAGCCAGACAACUGCCGCCAGGCCUUCUCCAUGUAUGCCUUCAUGAUCAGUUUGGGGGGCUGCAUCGGCUACCUCCUUCCAGCCAUUGACUGGGGCGGCAGCUUCCUGGCCCCGUACUUGGGAGGGCAGGAGACGUGCCUCUUCAGCCUCCUUGCUGUCAUUUUUCUCAGCUGUGUGCUGGCCACGCUCUUUGUGACCGAGGAGGCAGCCACCCAGGGAGAUGCUCUGGAUGGUCCAGCGCUGAAGGACGCUCCUCUUAAGCCCUCACCUCCUGCCUGCUGCUCUUGCCAGCUCUCCAGGAGCUCGUGUCUCCUGCAGGCCAGGCGCAUGGCGCAGGCUCUGAGAAACCUCUGCACGCUGGUGCCACGGCUCCACAGCCUCUACUGCCGCAUCCCCAAGGUCAUCCGGCGCCUGUUUGUGGCUGAGCUCUGCAGCUGGAUGGCACUUAUGACUUUCAUGCUGUUCUACACAGACUUUGUUGGGGAAGGGCUGUACCAUGGUGUUCCCAGAGCCAAGCCAGGCACGGAUGCCAGACGCCACUACGAUGAAGGUGUCCGGAUGGGUAGCUUGGGCCUCUUCCUGCAAUGCGUCACAUCCAUCUUCUUUUCGACAAUCAUGGACCGAAUGGUGAAGCAGUUUGGGACGCGAGCGGUCUACCUGGCCAGCGUGGUGUUCUUCCCUGUGGCUGCCUUCAUCAUGUGCCUUUCCCAUAGCGUCACCGUCGUUACCAUCUCAGCUGCUCUGACGGGCUUCACGUUCUCUGCGCUCCAGAUCCUGCCGUACACGCUGGCAUCGCUGUAUCACCAUGAAAAGCAGGUAUUUUUGCAUAAAUACAAGAGCAAAGAGGAGGAAGACGCAGCUCGACUGGACAAGAAAUCAGCCUUCUCUAAAGGUCUCCUUUCCAGCCAGAAGCUGCCUUACCAGAAUGGACAUGCUGGGAGCCUCUUCUCUUCUUCCUCUCCUUCCUCCUCUCCUCCAGCUGCCAGCUCGGCUCUGUGCGUCAGCUCCUCCUGCGACGUCUCACUCAUGGUGAUGGUGGGAGAAUCGGACUCGGUGGCUCCUGGCCGAGGGAUCUGCCUGGACCUGGCUAUUUUAGACAGCGCUUUCCUUCUCUCUCAGGUUGUCCCCUCCCUCUUCAUGGGGUCCAUCGUCCAGUUUACGCAGUCGGUGACUGCCUACAUGGUGUCAGCUGCUGGCUUCGGCUUAGUAGCCAUUUACUUUGCAACCAAAGUUGUCUUUGAUAAGAGUGACAUGGCCAAGUAUUCAGUGUGAUGUGGAAGGCGUGAGGGCAGUACAUGGGUGGUGCCUGCACGUGGCAAAACGAGAUGUGUGCGUGUUCCCACGGCCGCUUGCAUGAAGCCUCGCUGGCAGCUCUCUCCCCGUGGAGCCCUGGCGUCGUUCUGGGGCUGGAAGCAGGAGAGAUGCAGCAGGGUUAAUCUCAGGUGUAAAUAGGAGGCAUCGGGGCAUCAGUGCUUUCCAAAGGUGCCUUUAUCAAAGGAAAGUACUGCACAGCCAGCACCAAAGGGGGGUGUGCAGGCGAGAGAAAGGAAACGGAUUUUCCUUUGUUAAUGGGUCAUGUUUGUGUGUAAUUCUGCCUAAACUGAGCAGGAGGGGCAGUGGUAUAGGGAGGGAAGAAAUCAUUGGCGCUCCUGUUUUCCAGUUGUAUCUUCUUUCCCUGCUUGUUCUAGUUUUACUCAACUUCUUGAGCAAUAUUUCUGCAAAUGGGACACUAGGAGGAGAUUUCCUUGAGGAAAAAGAGAUGGGUGGCUCAGGUUUGGCCACGGAGCAAAGGGAAUUGCAUAUAUGUGCACACACGCUUCUGUCCUUCCCCACCUCUGUUCUUACUGCGAGAAACCAUUCAGGAGUAAAGUUACUAUGUCUUGUUUUGGAAAAACAAGUAAUGUUUUAUUAGGACCAGCUCCAAAAGGUGACUUAUCUUUUACCUGUGUGCCAAGUUGCAUCACGUGGAAAGGACUUCUUACCUUUUUUUCUUUUUAAAUUAUUGUUUUUAGUUCUCUUCACGCAGUUCUCGAUAACCUCUCACUCCUCAGCACUCAGAACUGCCGUCUGCUCUCUCCUCUAACAGACUGUUUGGCCUUUUCCACGCCUGCCCCCUAAAAGAUGCUGCAGUAUCACAAGGAAAAUCUGUUUUCAAAGGGGUUUCAGUCUGGGACGAUGGCCUAGAAUAGGGAGACCUCUCCUGGAAGGCUCCCUGAGACCGCGUCCCAUCCCUGAGGAAGCUGGAGGAAUUGCUUAUCUGUGCGUGGCCGGUUGAACUCGGCAGCAGUUGCUGCUACAGCAGGAACCUGGAGUUGGUCGCUGGCCGUGUCUGUUCUCCCUCAAAGAUGUGUCCCCAAAGCAGCCUCCUAGACCAGACCCUUCUGCCCAGGCAGAAGGAAACGGCAUCGUGAACGGGAGCUGGAUAGGAUGGAAUGUGCCUGCAGCCACUCUGGUGACUGCUUUCCAACCAGGGAAAGCCCAGUUCGUGGUGUGCUGGGCAAAGGAAGGAACAGGACAGAAACUCUCCAUGCUGUUUGAUCCAGAUUAUCUAUUUACUGUGUUACACUUGUUUGGGGUUUGUUUAAUUUAUUUGAUUUCAUUUCCAGACAGGAGUCGGGAUACUUGAGGCACAGCGUGAGCACAGGUAGAGAAAGGCAAAGUGCCUCUUGUUCCCAUAGCCCUGGGACCAAAUACUCCUGGGUUGUUCAACCUGUUUAGCUCCGAGGUGUGAGACAUCUUCCACUGGCAGAAGAGUGGCUGGAGCCGCUUGUCCUUCUGGCUGGUCCCAUUCCUGAUAUGAAUGGACCAGCUGGAAUAAUUCUGCCGGUGGCAGAUUUCUCUCACUCAAAGACUACCCAAACCCCAAGUAGGAGUCAAGGUCCUGGCCCACAGUCUGCACUUGGACUUUGAAAUGGUCCAAACUCUGCCUACAAGGCCUACAGGAAAGCACGGACCGGUCCUGUGGAGCACAGGCUGUGAGCGUGCAGAAGUUCACCGGUCCUUCGCUUUGGCUGCUCUCACCCAAGUGUUUGUGACUAAUUUUCUGCGGAGGUGUGUGGGCAGCGAGAUGCGCUGCUGAGGUUCUGCUGAAGGGCAAUGUGUUGCUAUUUUUGCAAGGUCUUGUCAGACUCUUCCUUGGCGUGGAAGCGCGGUUACUCCCCUGCCGUCUGCAGACAGGUCCCGGGAGGGCUUCUCCUCGUUUUUUUAAACAUUUCUUUCCCGUAAGGGGUGACUGUUUUUCUUUUUUCUUCUCAAAUUAUAUGCCUGCCAGCCUCCCAUUCCCACAACAAGGUUUGCGUGCUGAAAUGCAGCUGUUUCGGGGAUGGAUUUGGCAGCUGCUUCACCACCUACGGAAACAGUUUUCCAUCUGUACUUCCUACCCUGGUCUCUGUUCGCUUCAGUCUUCGAGGCAAAAUGUUAUGGCUAAAGUGGGGUGUUUGUUGGGUGAAUGCUCCUAGCGGUUAGUAAGCUCUGACCCAAGAUUUUCAAACCUGAGUGCUGAAAUAUCCUCCAUUUUUUCAUGAUGUACAGUGUUGGGAAUCUUUACACGUGGAGGCUGCUACGAUGCCGAGUGCUUUUGACAACUGAGCCAUUUAAGUGCCUAAAGAGUCCUUCCACACUAAACUUCGGGGGUGUGGGCUUGAUGAUAAAGGCCUGGAAUGCUUCAUUACAGACAUCCAAGUGAUCCUUGAGAAAGUUGGAGACAGCCUUGGUUUAGAAUGUCCUUGGGUGUGGAAGGAGAAGGAGCAAGAUGCUGCAGUUCUUCAUCCAUAACUUUGAUCUGUUCCCUCAAGAGGAGAAGGAUCAGAGGAAACAGCCUCAAAUUGCACCAGGGGAGGUUUAGAUUGAAUAGUAGGAAAAAUUUCAUUACUGAAAGAGCGGUGAAGCCCUGGCAGAGGCUGCGCGGUGGUGGAGCCUCCACCGAGGCAGCCGCCUCCCUCAGGGAUGCUGCCAUGGCCCCAUCCAUGUUCUCCAUUAUCACCCAGGGCCUUUCUUCCGAGUUCAGGCUGUUGCUGGGGCUGACAGGAGAGGCAUUUUAUGGAGCAUCCAUUGGGAUACUCCUUCUUUUUUUUUGCCGGACUGACCUUUCUGGCCAACAGCAUCUCCACGGUGGGGUCUCAUCUCGAGCAGCAAGGGAUGCAGGCGCCUUCUGGUGCAGGUAAGCGCGCCCCUCACCUGCUGUUCCGGAUGUCACCUGAACGUGGGUGAACGUGGGCAUCUCUCUGAGCCCCGACGGUGCCGUACGACCCGCGGGCAUGGCUACGAGCUCUUCGAGGUGGUUCCCUCCAGCUGUUCUCCUCCAGGUUUUAGGGGUCCUGCUGCUUUCUUCUCACGGGUGAAUCAUUUCGUGCCUGCCCUUUCUUUUUGUGAGACGGGAGGGCUGAGGCUUGGGGUGGGGAGCGGAGAGGAGAAGGGAAAAAUGUCUUUAAUGUGUGAUUAUUGUGACUCUCUGGGCUGGGGAAGGAUGCGUGGAUGCUGUUUAUCCUUUUGGAAUCAUGUCUGCGAGAUGUUCGUGUUUUAUUUAUUCGGUAGAGUAAAUAUUUUGUCGAUGCUGCCAGAGGAAGGCUGUUAUAAAUGUUUAUGGAGAGGAGGAAAUAAACGGUG